GCUCGGUAGGACAGGCGCCUAUUUCUCUUUUGGAUACCGAUAGAACUUGAAUCAUAAGCCUCCAAUUUCCAUUUGAAUUGUACACCAGUGCGCUGCCACCCUGCUCGUCGAUAAGACACACAAGGCACCAUGAGCUCAACUGGUCCGUCUGGAAGCACCGGCCCCGGCGCACAAAGAUUUAUCUUCGGUGCGCCAUCCCGGUCUGGACCCUUCAACUUUCAGGCCACGACGCCAACCGCAGCACCUACUUUGACAUCAACAUUGAGCACUGUCGACAACCUGGUCUCCUUCAAUAAUCACGCAUGCUCCGACACCACCCUCGUCAUGAAUAGCGGGAAGCUAAUGUACGCUGACAGCGAUGUCCUGUGCCGUGCCUCGCCGUUUUUCCGAGCACACGAUUCUUUCAGCAACAAUGCAGGAACCGAACGCUCGAUCGAGGUGAAACACAUCUGCGACGACGACUUGGUCUUUGCCCGAGUGCUUCUAUGGAUGUACACACAACGGUCAAACGACCUCGGAUUAGGCUCUCAUAACCUAAUGUCGUACAUGUCCGUCGGCUUCGUGCUGGAACUUGACAAGUCGUUUUACGGUGCUAUGCGGGUGGCCAUGCAAGCGAUCUCGCCCCUAGAUCUCUCUCUCGAUGGAAUCUAUAUGUUCAUGAAGCGCGCAUUAACCUCCGAGGAGCAGGUUAUCCAUGCGCUGACCGAGCUUUUGCGAGAUGUCCCAUGCCAGAAUGUGCACUUCUACAACACAGGCACUGUGUGCAACUCAUGCUCGCGCGCGAACGGUGGAAGCGGAACAACGGGACCCUUUGGCCCCCACCAACAAGGACAACCUGUCUGCAGCUCGUGCCUCAAGUGUGCCAAGCAUUGCAACUCGGCAUACGUAUACAUAUUACUGCACCUGCCCGCAAUAUGGAUCGGAACGGUGAUGACACACGAGUACACAUACGACAUCUUGGAUGUCCGGAGGCGCGUGAAAGCGGCUGUUGUUGCUCACAGUGACAAAAUUCGGAUCCUUUUGGACUCGACAAACGUGGUUUCUGCUGUCCUCAACACGAUGAGCAUCCCUACCCUCAGAGAGUGUCUGUAUGUGAUCUAUGGGAAUCCUCCUCCAUAAUCCGGACCAAUGAACUGAGAUGUCACUGGACUGUCAUCGGGUGACGCAGACACCAAUAUCCAGACGGAAAACCAAUGGCCAUCCUUUCCUCCUACAUCGGCAUGCCUUCCCUUGGAGCAUAACGAUCUAUCAAAGGCACGGCGGAUUGGCGUAUGCUAGACAUCUCUCAUAAGCAGUGUGGGCGGCACACAUCUUCCCCAGCGCCGAUUCCAAGUCUGCACCAUAUGGCAGCGUUUCUAGCGUCUUUAGCCAGUACAGACAUGUUUGUCCCUAUUUAGAUACAAUAUACGACAUGUA